ACAUGUCAUUGCUAGCUUCUUUAUCAUCAUAUCACCACCCCUCAGCCAAAUGCGGCAGUGAUAUUCGAGACAUUAUAGGGUGUUUCAAAUAUAUAUGUAACGUUAGAACAUGUCUGAGGGCUCGCUGCUGUGGACGCUAGAGCGUUCGUGGUUUCGUGACGUGCGAGUCCUUGUCGUUGGUUUUUCCGAACUUACGGGUAGCAACUGUCAUUUCGUGAAACCUGAGCUUUCCUGUCGUUGGCGAACUUCAAACGCUAAUUCAAAGCCACCAGACGAGUUGUUCCUCAAACAAAACGUGAAGUUUUCCAGUGGCUCUGUGUGUAGAACAGAGGUCUGGCUAGCUAUGUUGAUGACUUGCAAAGUAUCAGGUCACUUUGCAAUUUAAAUUCGGGGAAUAUUUGAAGACGGAAGAAUAUAAUGGCGAAAGAGCGUUUGAAUGACGCAAAGCCCACCACAUCACCCACCUCUUGGAGGUGACGAGAGCAGAGUAGACAGCAGGACCAUCUAUGUUGGCCAUCGGCCGUCGACCACUGAGGCCUUCAUCCCGCCCAAGUUCUGCGACAAUAGGAUUGUGUCCUCCAAGUACACAGUGUGGAACUUCCUGCCAAAGAACCUGUUUGAACAGUUCAGACGGAUUGCAAAUUUCUACUUCCUUAUCAUCUUCCUGGUGCAGGUGAUAGUGGACACGCCCACCAGCCCAGUCACCAGUGGCCUGCCUUUAUUCUUUGUCAUCACCGUCACAGCCAUCAAGCAGGGUUAUGAGGACUGGUUGCGGCACAAGGCGGAUAACGAGGUGAACAAGUACCCAGUGACGGUACUGGAAAAUGGCCGCAGAAUGGGCACGGAGAGCGAGAAGAUCAAGGUGGGAGACGUGGUGGAGGUGAAUGAGGACGAGACCUUUCCCUGUGACCUGAUUCUGCUGCAGUCUACCAGGGACGACGACACCUGCUUCGUCACCACAGCUAGCCUGGAUGGAGAGUCCAACCACAAGACACAUUACACAGUGCCAGACACGGAGAAGGAUCUGGACUCUCUCAGUGCCACCAUCGAGUGUGAGCAGCCCCAGCCUGACCUCUACAAGUUCGUUGGCCGUAUGCACAUAUACAAAACUGAUCGGGAGCCUGAAAUAAGGUCUCUGGGUCCAGAAAACCUUCUCUUGAAAGGGGCCACUCUGAAGAACACUCAGAGGAUCUGUGGAGUGGCUGUUUACACUGGCAUGGAGACAAAAAUGGCCCUCAACUACCAAGGCAAAUCACAAAAGCGCUCUGCGGUAGAAAAGUCCAUCAAUGCCUUUCUGCUGGUGUACCUGUGCAUCCUGGUGAGCAAGGCCCUGGUAUGCACCACGCUCAAGUACGUGUGGCAGAGUAAGCCGGGCCAGGACGAGCCCUGGUACAACCAGAAGACCCAGAGAGAGAAGGAGACAAACCUGUACCUGAAGAUGUUCACGGACUUCCUGUCCUUCAUGGUGCUCUUCAACUUCAUCAUCCCCGUCUCCAUGUACGUCACCGUGGAGAUGCAGAAGUUCCUGGGCUCGUUCUUCAUCACCUGGGACCGGGACUUCUACGACCCGGAGAUCCAGGAGGGGGCGCUGGUCAACACCUCAGACCUCAACGAGGAGCUGGGCCAGGUGGAGUACGUGUUCACGGACAAGACCGGCACGCUCACCCAGAACAACAUGGAGUUCAUCGAGUGCUGCAUCGACGGCUUCCAGUACAAAUACAGAGACGCGGUGUCGGAGCUGGACGGGUUCAGCGCUACCGACGGACCCGUGAGCAAGCUGCAAGAGAAGGCUGGCAAGGAGCGCGAGGAGCUGUUCCUGCGCGCGCUGUGUCUGUGCCACACGGUGCAGGUGAAGGAGCCCACGGGCCGCGGCCAGGACCACACGGACAGCAUGGCGGGCUGUCCCCCGCCCCACGAGCAGACGGGCUUCAUCGCCUCCUCCCCCGACGAGGUGGCGCUGGUCAAGGGGGCCAUGAGGUAUGGCUUCACAUUUCUUGGAAUGGAGAGCAAAAAGAUGAAAAUCAUGAACAGAAGCAACGCCAUUGAAACGUAUGACCUGCUUCACGUGUUGAAUUUUGAUCCAGUGCGACGGAGAAUGAGUGUGAUAGUCAGAUCCAAAUCAGGUGAUGCGCUGCUGUUCUGUAAAGGGGCGGACUCGUCCAUCUUCCCCCGCGUCAGGCAGGAGGAGGUGGAGAAGAUCCGCGUGCAUGUGGAGCGCAACGCUACGGAGGGCUACCGGACCCUGUGUGUGGCCUACAAGAAGCUGAGCCCGGAGGAGUACGCCCGGGCCGACGCAGACCUGCAGGCGGCCCGGCUGGCCCUGCAGGACCGCGAGGAGAAGCUCAUCGCCGUGUACAACCAGGUGGAGGCGGGGAUGACGCUGAUAGGGGCCACGGCCGUGGAGGACAGGCUCCAGGAGGAGGCGGCAGAGACCAUGGAGGCGCUGCAGGGCGCGGGCAUCAAGGUGUGGGUGCUGACGGGCGACAAGAUGGAGACGGCCAAGUCCACGUGCUACGCCUGCCGCCUGUUCCAGCGGGGCACGGAGCUGCUGGAGCUCACGGUGCGCACGCUGGAGGACGGCGUGCGCAAGAGGGAGGAGCGGCUGCACGACCUGCUGCUGGAGUACCACAAGAAGGCCGUGCAGGACGUCCCGCCCACCAAGCCCGGCGGCAACAGGGGUUGGUCUAAGCCGAGCCAGGACUUCGGCUUCAUCAUAGACGGCGCCUCGCUCUCCAUGGUGUUCAACUCCUCAGAGUCCAGCUCUAGCCACUACAAGAACCUCUUCCUGCAGAUCUGUCAGAACUGCACCACGGUGCUCUGCUGUCGAAUGGCUCCUCUGCAGAAGGCCCAGAUCGUGAAGAUGGUGAAGUGCUCUAAAGGAAGCCCCAUCACGCUGUCCAUCGGGGACGGGGCCAACGACGUCAGCAUGAUCCUAGAAGCUCACGUUGGCAUCGGCAUCAAGGGUAAGGAGGGCCGCCAGGCGGUGAGGAACAGCGACUACGCCAUCCCCAAACUGAAGCACCUGAAGAAGCUGCUGCUGGGCCACGGCCACCUCUACUACGUCCGCAUCGCACACCUGGUGCAGUACUUCUUCUACAAGAACCUUUGCUUUAUCUUACCUCAGUUCUUGUACCAGUUUUUCUGUGGCUAUUCGCAACAACCCCUAUACGAUGCCGCCUAUCUCACGAUGUACAACAUCUGCUUCACCUCCAUGCCCAUCCUGGCCUACAGCCUCUUGGAGCAGCACAUCUGUGUGGAGGUCCUGCUGGACAACGCCACGCUCUACAGGAGCAUCGCGAAGAACGCCAUGUUGCGCUGGGUCCCCUUCUUCUACUGGACCCUGCUGGGGGUCUUCCAUGGCCUGCUCUUCUUCUUCGGUGUUCGCUUCCUGUUCGGUAACCCUGCGUUACAGGCCAACGGCCAGGUGUUUGGAAACUGGUCCUACGGAACGAUAGUCUUCACUGUGCUCGUCUUCACCGUCACGUUCAAGCUGGCUCUGGACACGAGGCACUGGACCUGGAUCAAUCACUUUGUCAUCUGGGGCUCCCUGUGCUUCUAUGUUAUCUUCAGCUUCUUCUGGGGAGGGAUCAUCUGGCCCUUCCUGAAGCAGCAGAGGCUGUACUAUGUGUUCGCCCACAUGCUGAGCUCGGCGUCGGCCUGGCUGGUCAUCGUUCUGCUCAUCCUGCUCAGCCUGCUGCCAGACAUUCUGCUGGUGGUGCUGCGUAAGCCCCUAGGGCCUCACGCACGGCAGAGACAGGCGGGUGAGUCAGGCGCGGGGGGGGCCAAGUCUUCGGCCCAGCCGCUGCUCAUGAGAACCUUUUCAGACGAGUCCAAUACAGUGGUGUGAACAGCUUUCAGAGAACUGCCAUCCACAGACAUUCAGAUUGCAGCUGUUACACCACUAUCCUACAAACAUCUCAAGGAAGGAGAGUAGCGGGGGCCAUGAAGUAGUAGAACAACAAGAACAGCACCAACAACAGGAACCUUUCAG